CGGUGCUUCUCAUAGGAUAAUGCCUUACUGACAGCUCCAAUAACCAAUGAUUGUCGAGAGAUAUAGAGCAUCUGCCCAAUCUGGGCGGAGGUCCCUCAGUCUGUGAGGGGGGGAAGUGAAUCAGUGGAUUUACGCUUCUCGGGUUUUCGGAUAAGGUCCCGACGCCGACAUGGCUGAGCCAGAGCUGUUGCUGGAUUCCAACAUUCGACUGUGGGUCGUUCUCCCCAUCGUCUUCAUCACGUUUUUCGUAGGAAUGAUCAGACAUUACGUUUCCAUUUUACUUCAGAGUGACAAAAAGCUAACACAGGAACAAGUGUCAGACAGCCAGGUGCUUAUUCGUAGCAGAGUCCUUAGAGAGAAUGGCAAAUACAUUCCAAAACAGUCAUUCCUAAUGAGGAAGUUCUUUUUCAAUAAUUCAGAAGAUGGAUUUUUCAAAAAGACCAAGAGGAAGGUGGUUCCCCCCUCCCCAAUGACAGACCCUACAAUGUUAACAGACAUGAUGAAAGGAAAUGUGACCAAUGUGCUUCCCAUGAUUCUCAUUGGUGGAUGGAUCAACAUGACUUUCUCCGGGUUUGUGACAACAAAAGUGCCAUUUCCCUUGACUUUGCGUUUCAAACCAAUGCUGCAGCAGGGAAUAGAACUCCUGUCAUUGGAUGCCUCCUGGGUAAGUUCAGCUUCCUGGUAUUUUCUGAAUGUAUUUGGGCUGAGAAGCAUUUAUUCACUGAUUCUGGGACAGGAUAAUGCUGCAGAUCAGUCGCGAGUGAUGCAGGAACAGAUGACUGGGGCAGCCAUGGCAAUGCCAGCAGACACCAACAAGGCUUUUAAGACGGAGUGGGAAGCUCUUGAGCUUACAGAUCACCAGUGGGCCCUGGAAGACUUAGAAGAGGAUCUCAUGUCUAAAGAUCUAAACCUUGAGGGCAUGUUCAAGAAUGAAGUGCAGACAUCUAUCUUCUGAAAACUGGGCUGCCUCUAGGUUCUGGUUCUAGACUGAAGGUGUUUACAUUAUUUUAAACGUUUACUGUCCUGUAAAAGGUGCAUUGCGGAUUCAGCAGCAUUUAUUAGGUGUAAAGUAGGAACAUUUCUAUCCACCUUAGAUUAUCCUUUUCAAGCAUCUUAUUGAGCGAAAGCUUACUAAGCAUGCUGGGAGCUCAAGUCCUGGACAGUUAUAAAGCCUCAGGCUUUAAAUUGCUGACGUAGAACCAGUGCACAUAUACCAUUUCUAAACUGCUAUUUGCACCAUUGAUUGCUGUGUGGAAUUAUCUGGUAGGUUACAAAGCUGUGAAUCCUAUACAUACAAAAACCUUGGAUACAGACAUAUAUUAAAGUAAAUCUUAAUUUAUGGCAUGUUAUGGGCCUCUAGUGACCAAACCGAGUUAUGGCUUAAAUCUCAAAAACAUUCAAAGCAUACUUUUGUAUUAAAAAUAUGUUUUAUUUCAUUGUCUUAAAAUAUCAACACAACCCCACAUGGAGCCUUUACGCAUUUCAUGCUUACCUAGGAGCUAGGUAAGCAUGAAACGCGUUAGGCAUGAAAUGCGUUAGGCUCCAUGUGGGGUUGUGUCGAUAUUUUACGAUGAAAUAACACAUAUUUUUAAAACAAAAGCAUGCUUUUUUUUUUGAAUGUUGUUGAGAAUUAAGCCAUAACUCGGUUUGGUCACUAGAGGCCCAUAACAAAGCUGUGAAGCCCUGGCGAUAACCACAAAAAAAUGGAAUAAGAAACUGGCAUAGCUGAGGACUUACUGUGCCAGUUUCUAUGCAAGCUUCCUAAAUCCGGCCAUACAUCAGUAGAUUCACUUGUUUGGUGAGUUUGCAAAAAAAAAAAAAAAGAGGAGAUCUUGUGCAGACCCAUUAGGUGACAACCACAUCAAUGCUCCAAGACAGAAUGUUUAAGCUGGCCGAAAGAUACCUGAGCAGUUUUGGUUGGCCAUCAGAAGAACCUCGUACACUGUCAGUCAGCUCGUGACUUGGUCUGCAGAAUCAGCAGCUUAUAUUAGAUUGUGUAUGGCUGGCUUUAGUGUGUGUUUUUUUUGUUGUUGCCAUUCACUAUAGUGGACUUUACCACUUUUAGCAAGAGAUGAAAUACUUACAUAUAUUCCUGCAUAAUUCUGGCAUACACAAGCCCAGAGUUUUCUACCUACUCAAUUGAUGUGCAAAGGGGAAGUGUUAAGUGCUGCAGCAUUAUAAAUAUGCGGUUAUACUAAUUUUUAAGUUUUUUUUUUUUGUGUGUAAAAUGGUUACUGUCAAUAGAGCACUGAUAUGAAGCCUAUCCAUUUGCUUAGUCCUUAUCUCACUGUGCUGUAAGCUAAUAUUCUCUAAGGCUAUGGCCAGACGGGGCCGAAACUCCUCAGAGCGAUUUCAGCCCCACAAGCAGUAUCCUCUUCUUCUUUCACUUUCGGAAACCUUGUGUCAGCUCCGGCACAAACACACUCGACGGAUUUCAGAGUGAAAGGCAAAGUCUCGCGUAUCUUCCGCCGAAUGUGUUUGUGCCGGAGCCAACAGAAGGGUUCCGGAAGUGAAAGAAGAAGACGAUUCUGCUCGUGGUGACGGGCUUAAAACGGUCUGUGGUUUUCAGCAAGCUGGUUUUGGCCCCAUCUGGCCUAAUGUACAAGUUACUGCAGUGCAACAGAGAAGCAAGAGAUCCCGACCAAACUGCCAUAUGCAUUUCCGCCUGUACAUUUGUUAUUGACUAUAUAAGGGGAAUGGGGGGCCUGCUUCAGCUUGUGCCUGUUGCCCAUUACUCACUGCACAUAUACUGUAUUUAUUUAUAUAUUACAUCAUCUGACACCCUUUUUAUUUUUUAAUAUUUAAUUACACACCACUUUGUGUUUUACAACUGCAAUACUAGAUAUCUUUGCCUUUUUAUUAAAUUGUUUUUUUUUUUCUGUU